AUGUCUGAUACAACUUUCACUGGCUACAGCGAGCAGCAGGGCAAAGUCUACGCCCAGUCUCGCCCAGACUACCACCAGAGCCUCUAUGACGCCGUCAUGAAUCAGCACACAUCUACCGGUGGUCAGUUAGAUACUCUGGUCGACCUGGGCUGCGGGCCUGGUCAAGCUGCUCGUGCUCUCGCUCCUCAGUUCAAGACGGCCAUUGGGCUGGAUCCUUCGGCAUCAAUGAUCAGCGUCGCCCGAAGUUUGGGUGGCGAGACCUCCACUACGAAGCCGAUUCGCUUCGAGGUUUCAGCUGCUGAGGAGCUGGGAGCUAACCUUAACCCCGCGAUUGCCGAUGAGAGCGUGGACCUCAUUACGGCUGCCACUUCUGCUCAUUGGUUCGACAUGGACAUAUUCUGGCCCAAGGCUGCGCAAGUCCUCAAACCUGGUGGCAGCGUCGCCAUCUGGGUCAAUGGGGAGACUCGCAUUCAUUCUUCGGUCCCUAAUGCAGCUACUAUACAGACUAUCGUAACCCGAUAUCGUGUUGAGGACCUGGCUAGAUUCUUACAAGCAGGUAAUGACAUGAGUCAGAACUGCUAUGCCGAUCUCCCACUCCCCUGGACAAUCUCAAACCCUGUCGCUGAGCUCGAAGAAUCUUCCUUCUUCCGUCGACAUUGGAAGAGCGGGGAUGAUUUCUUCAAAUCUCAUGUUAGCCUCAACCUGGAUGGCUUCGAAGAUAUGCUGAGCACAUUCAGUCCCAUCACCAGGUGGCGAGAGGCCCACCCUGAUGAUGUAGGCACGGAGAACGACUUGGUCAAGAGGCUCCUCAAAGACAUCAGGCAGCUACAGCAUGAGGCCGGUGUGGAGCCCGGUGAGGAGUUGAUUUCUCUCGAUACCACUGGCGUCCUUCUUGUUAUCAAGAAGAAGCGAUUUCUGAUCAUAUCAGAUACCCAUGGCGAAGGCCUUCCUACAGCCUUCAGGCCCGAUUUUUACGCCGAUGUCCUCAUCCACUGCGGCGACUUAACAGGCCAAUCGAAAUUGCACGAGUUUGAGUCUACUCUCGAGAUGAUCAACAACAUCAAGGCGUCCCUGAAGCUCGUGGUUCCCGGAAACCAUGACUUCACGCUUGACAGGCUGGCUUAA